AACAAGACUCGCAACUGAGAAGACUGAAAUCUCGUGUCCGGCAGUGCAGUAACUAAAGUUUCCAAGUUCGCGAUAUUCGUGAAUAUGAAGAGAAGCGAAUAUUUUCGUCGCGCCAAUCGUUUUAAUGCUUUUGUCAAUUUUUUCGCCGGGCAUUUUUUGCCGCUCAGUGAGGACGAUGCAAAAUUAGGCUUUUUUGGCAACCUGUGGAUGGCGUUCGCUUGGGCGGUUAAAAUCGUGUAUUGGACGAGCAUUGCUUUGGGCACGGUGCACUUCGCCGAUUUGACGGCUGAUCAAGCUUUUAAGAAAUCUGGUGCCAUAACGGUCCUCAGUAGUGAAGUAUUUUUCCCCCUUUGUUAUCUUAAUCUUCGACGGAAUGAUCUACGCAAAUUGAUCGAAUAUUAUAACGUUAUUCUCAUCGAUUCCGAUGAAUUUAGACAGUGCGUUAGUCGGUCUAUGAAACCUUACAUCAAAGGCCUCAAGUUUUACUUCAUCGUCGGCCUCACGGCUGCAUUUUUUUUCCCCGCAGCGCCGAUCUUCCGAAUUUUCGAAAGUGAACGUUUUACCUACGCCGAUUUCACUGUGCCGGCUUAUUUGCCCGGUGAACCAUUCGGGAGAGGUGUUUUUGCUGCUGGUGUUGUUUUGGAAAUUUUUGGUGGUUGCGCUGUACACGUUGGAGCGAUUGGCAUUUAUACGUAUGUCAUCCAUUACGUUACUAUCCUUAUAGCUCAAUUCAAAUAUAUUCGUAUACAAUUCGCCGAAGCUCUGAGUGAAAAGAACGGACGGAAAGACGAUUCGUCUGUGGUCGCUGCGUUAAGUAAAUGCAUUGAACAUCAUAGCGCAGUCAUUGCGGUUGGUCAAACGCUCAUCGAGAUAUUGGCGCUUUAUAUCGGCGCGACCUACAUCACUUGUAUAUUAGAAUUCUGUUUUCUAGCCUACGGAGUGAUCACCUUCGGGAAUGCUGUCGUCGAAAAGUUCGCUUACAUGGCUUACAUAUGUUGCCGUAUAUUAGUAGUAUUUCUGCUCUGCUCCAGCAUUCAAGAACUGGUCGAUGCAAGCACGUCUGUAACGGAUGAUGCAUUUCAUGAAAAUUGGUACGCACGUGGCAAGACUGUACAGAAAACUUUCUACGUAAUUCAACUCAGCAAUCGAAUCGAAUGCCGAAUCAGCGCUUACCGAAUCGUCGAUCUCGUCGUGCCAACCUUAGCUUUGAUUCUAAGCAAGUCUUACUCGGUGUGCUUGCUUCUACUUAACGUAAAAUGAAUCGUGUGCUGUUCGACACAAUGUAACGAAAAAUCACUCUACUCCAACGAUAACGGCUUAAGAAGAAACAAUAUUCGUUCUACAACGUAUCUACACGUCAAGUGUUCUCUCGACCGCUUUUUUUCAACGACGUCAACCGUGAAACCUCCCCUUGCAGUUUUUGGCUACGAUAAUCUUUUGUUGAUCCCUUUUGAAGCAAAAAAAGUGUCGGUACGAUAUCAAAAGCACAAUAAAAUGGAACAUCUCUCUGUCAAUA